AAAGCUUCAUAUAAUAUGUAACGCGCUUACAAACGUGGUAAAGUGAGAAGACAAAAUGUAGUGAGAGGCGGCCAUAUUGUGACGUCACAAGUGAGCAUCACGGAGGGACUCCUUCUCGUCCCAGGAACAACAUGACAAAGGGUACCUCAUCCUUCGGAAAGCGGCACAACAAGACGCACACACUGUGCCGUCGUUGUGGUCGGUCUUCAUACCAUAUUCAGAAGAAAAGAUGUGCCCAAUGUGGAUACCCAAGCAAGAAGACCAGACGCUAUAACUGGUCUGUCAAGGCUAUUCGCAGGAAGACCACUGGCACUGGGCGUAUGCGCCAUCUCAAAAUCGUGCAUAGGAGAUUCAGGAAUGGCUUCCGUGAAGGCACCAAGGCACAGCCCAAGAAAGCUGCUGCUCAAUAAUUGUAAACUUCAAUAAAAAAUAAAUUUAA